AAGACAGGCUCUCUCGCACUCGCACACUCUUUCACUAGUCAAGUUCUGUAGCCUUCUUCAUUGCUGUUGCAUAUGGAGGACACGCGAAAGCGACACGGGUACGGCGACACGGCUCGGGAGGACACGUCUGACGUGAAAAGGACACGCCAUGAGGAGGAGGAGGACAUUCUGGCUUGGCUUUCGGAGGACGCGGACACGGUGUCGCAGCUCAUGGAGCUCUUGGACAACGCGGAGAAGAAGAGCGAGAACAACAACAAGAACAACACUAUGGCCAAGGUGAGGUUCAUCGACGACAUGUACUCGGCGCCGUUUUCGUACGUCACCAUAAACGGCAACGAGGAGAGCUGCGGGUCGUCGUUCUCCGACCUGGACUCGUCGGUCAUGGCCAGCGUGGACACCAGAGGCCUCGUCGGCAUUGGUAGUAACGUGUUCGGGUUCAAAGUGGAGGAACACGACGGCGCGUGUGGGCCAAGCGACGGGGUGGCGCGUGAGGGCUCGGUGGCUUCAGGUGAGGAAGUAGUAGUAAGAGCAAUGGACGGCUGUGAUGAUUUGUGUUGGGAUGAUCAGGUGCUUGCAAGGUUUCUGGGUGAGGACUUUUGAGUUAUGAGCUGUGAAUAGUGAAUAUUAAUGGACAGUUUAGAAGUUUAGGGUUUAUGAUAACAAUGGUGGGUUUUGUGUUUUGUGUUUUUUCCUUUUUUUAACACUGUAAAUACAGCAUUUGAAAAACCAAAAAGAAAAAUGAAGAAGAUGAUAAGAAAGAAAGA